AUGGCAACGUUAAUGAAAAGAAAGACAAAGACACUCAUAGUUAUUUUCAUAAUCUCUGUGAUUCUUUCUUUAAAAUUUCCCUAUGAAAUAGAGGAGGAGGAGAGGGCUAGAAGAGAGAAGCUCGAAAAAGAAGAGAAAAGAUUCUCUGUUUUUUUACAAAGAGAGAGUGCCACAAGUUCUCCAGGAGGUGUUGUUUCUUCAUCUUUUGAGCUUCACGGUCUUGAAUACGAUUUUUAUCGGCAGAAAUGUGCACAAGCUGAGUCUAUUGUUAGAUCAACAAUGGCAAGGAUUUACUUACAGCAAAAUGAUAUUUCUUUUGGUCUUUUAAGGCUUCUUUUCCAUGAUUGCUUCAUCAAGGGUUGCGAUGCUUCAGUCUUCUUGGAUGACAGAAAUGGGAAUAAAAACCAUUCCAUUGAGAGGCAGGCUGCUCCGAACAAGAGCUUGAGGGGUCUUGAUGAGAUUGAAACAAUCAAGGAGGAGCUUGACAAUGCAUGCCCAGGAGUGGUUUCUUGUGCUGAUACGCUCGCACUUGCCACCAGAGAUGCUAUUGUGCUGGCUGGUGGUCCAUUUUAUCCAGUUUUUACAGGCAGGAGAGACAGUACCGAAUCCUACUUUGAUGAAGCCAUGGACGAGAUUCCAAAGCCCAAUGAUAACAUCACCCGAACACUUUUCCUCUUUUCCCGCAGAGGUUUUGAUGAAAGAGAAACAGUCAAUCUCUUAGGUGCUCAUAAUGUGGGAAAAAUUAACUGUGACUUCAUCCAGAAUCGCUUCACCAACUUUUCAGGGACAGGACAACCAGAUGCCUCUAUAGAUCCUGAUUUCCUAAAUGAAUUGAGAUUUGCUUGCCAGGAUAGCAACAGCACCAAUGAUGAUGGAACUGUAGCUUCCAUGACAUCAAGGGAGAUGAGGAACUCCAGUUCGGCAAUGAUUUUCCAACGAUUAUCUGCUUCUAUACCAUCUGGAGCACGUUUUGAUAACCACUACUAUCAGAAUUUGUUGAGGGGUAGAGGACUUCUAUUUGUUGAUCAACAAUUGAUGGCUGAUGAGAAUACUGCAAGGUUUGUGAGGGGUUAUGCUUCGGAUGAUGGAACAACCUUUCGAAGAGACUUUUCCAGGUCCAUGGUUAAGAUGUCAAACACUGGUGUCUUGACUGGAACUCGAGGUCAGGUCCGAAACAAAUGCUCCUUGCCAUCAGCCAAUCUUGAAUGA